CAACUCUUGCCUCUUUCUUCGCAAAUUAUCCACUCAGGCUUUCACUUCACGCUCUCUUUCUCCUUCACUCUCUGCACAAACCCUCACAUACCCUUUUGCCUCGUCUCAAUUUCAUUCCCGUUUGAAUGCACUGAGCACAGCAAUAUCAUCGUAUUCGAAGAUUUGACCCUCGCAUCAUGUAUUUAUCAGAGAAGCCUCGCCCUAUCGAUUUCUACAAAGAAGAAGGGAGCCGAGAUAUGAUGAUCGAGGUUGUUUCAAAUGGCGAACUCGCUCCUCCUCACCAACAACCCCCACAACAUCAAAUGAUUCUUGGCGAGAGUAGUGGUGAGGACCACGAAGUUGAAAUCAAGGCUCCCAAGAAGCGUGCUGAGACUUGGGUUCAAGACGAGACUCGGAGUUUGAUUGCCUUUCGCCGUGAGAUGGAUGGGCUUUUCAAUACAUCCAAGUCCAACAAGCAUUUGUGGGAACAAAUAUCGGCGAAGAUGAGAGAGAAGGGGUUUGAUCGCUCGCCCACUAUGUGCACGGACAAAUGGAGGAAUCUGUUGAAGGAAUUUAAGAAGGCUAAGCACCAGGAUAGGGGAAGUGGUUCUGCUAAGAUGUCGUAUUAUAAAGAGAUUGAAGAGAUUCUCAGGGAGAGGAAUAAGAGUAUGCAGUACAAGAGCCCUACACCUCCUAAGGUUGAUUCUUAUAUGCAUUUUGCAGAUAAAGGUAUUGAUGAUACUAGCAUCUCUUUUGGCCCAGUUGAAGCAGCUGGGAGACCAACACUCAAUCUUGAGAGGCGUUUGGAUCAUGAUGAACAUCCUCUUACCAUUGCUGCAGCUGAUGCUGUUGCAGCAAGUGGAGUGCCUCCUUGGAAUUGGAGAGAAACUCCUGGAAAUGGUGGGGAAGGUCAAUCAUGUUGUGGGAGGGUUAUAUCAGUCAAAUGGGGUGAUUAUACGAGAAGAAUAGGUAUUGAUGGCGCAUCAGAUGCCAUCAAGGAAGCAAUAAGGGCUGCUUUUAGGCUGAGAACUAGACGUGCGUUUUGGUUGGAGGAUGAAGAACAGAUAAUCAGAAGUCUUGACCGUGACAUGCCUUUAGGAAAUUACACUCUUCACCUAGAUGAAGGAAUGGCCAUUAAAAUAUACCUCUAUGAUGACUCUGACCAUAUCCCUGUUUAUGAGGAUAAGAUCUUUUACACUGAAGAUGAUUACCGUGAUUUCCUGACACGUCGGGGCUGGACAUGUCUGAGGGAAGUUGAUGGCUAUAGAAACAUUGAGAAUAUGGAUGAUCUUCGACCUGGUGCCAUAUAUCGUGGUGUGAGUUAAGGGCUAGUUCAUGGUAUUUGCCAAGUUUUUGUAAUGCUGUUUAUGUCCUGUGGCCUAGGAAAAUGGAUUAAACCCUGAGCCCAAAUGCUGUUCCCCUUAAGCCUUGACAUGUCUGUGGAUAUGCAUUUGUAAUGACAUCAUAUUUUUGACAAUAUCUGUAUAGGGUCAUUUUUCACCCAUUACUUCUAAAUCCUCAUAUGAUGCAUCCGGAUACA